GCACAUGAGCUCGACACAAGGCACAAUCUAGUGAUCUAUCUACAACCAUAUUGGUAUUAUCACCUUAUUAUCUCUGUUAUUGAUAUGGUUGAUGCUUGAUAGUUCUGUUCUUUUAGAUUAAAUUAGAAAGGUACACAAAAUAUUAUAUUUGGAGGAAAAAAAAAAAAAAACUUGAUACGCCGUGAAGUAUAUGCCAUAAUUAUUACGAAUAUUGUAUUUUCUAAGCCACAUAAAUAGUGUGAUUACAUUUGGACGGCGCUCAAAGUUUUUGGUCAAGUCUCUAAGUCAUUGCAAUAGCGGCUCCUUGAUUUGUUUCCAUGUUCCAUAACGUUCAUAUCCCGCUAAAAAUACAAGUAACUCAUCAUUUCAUGGUUCAACAAACAUAAAUUUCUGUAAAUCAACCAUAUAUAUACUCCUACAAAAAAGAAACACAUAUAAUUUUCCUAUAUUUCAUGGCUUCCUAUUGCUAUCUUCUACACUUUUCCUACAUAACUUUGGUCAUUUUCUUAGCCGUUUCUUUGUGUAAUGGCCAAUCUCCACAAUAUGCAGCAUGCUCUUUGAAGUACUCAUGCGGGGAGGUCCAAAAUAUUGGGUACCCAUUUUGGGGAGAUAAUAGGCCUAAAUUUUGCGGGGAUCCAAAUUUGAAGCUCAUUUGUCGCAACAAUUCAAAGUACCCUGUGUUGAAUGUAUUUCAAGGUCAUGCUCAUAGCUACAUGAAGUUUAAUGUUAGCGCCAUCAACAUGUCUUCCCACACCAUGGUUGUAUCCCAAUAUGAGCUGCUCGAUCAUUGCUAUUCGGAUUCGAGUAAUAGAGCAUUAUCUUAUUCCACAUUAUUGAAGCCAGCAAGUGGUUAUAGCAACAUAAGAUUAUUCUAUAAUUGCAACAAUUGUAAUGUAACUCAACACAAUUCUUUUAGUUGCAAUAAAAGCAACAGCGAUUUUAUUGGUUAUAACAACUCCUUUGAUGCUGCUUAUUACUUUGGUAAGAAAAGGUUGUGCUCUUGUCGCAAUAAUUUUACUUUUGUGGUGGAUACAAAAGUGUUGGAUGAACUUAAAAACACAAAUGCCUCUCUGUUAACUACCUUUGAAAACAAUCCAACAAUUGAAUUAGAGUACACCGCGAACUUCACAGCCUGUUCCAAGUGCGAAGAGUCUGGUGGCAGGUGCGGAUCAUCAGGGGAUCCAUCUGAGGAUAAGUUUGUGUGUUACUGCCAAGAUGGACCUCAUCAGUCACUCGUGUGUCCGAAAUCAGAGAAGAAGGAAAUUGGUACAGCUAAUCAUCAAACGAAAACGAAUCAAAUUAUCAUAGGCAUGGGAGGAAGUUUACUUGUUCUUGUAGUAAUAUGCAUAGCCAUUUGGCAUCGGAAUAAGAAGAUGUCUGAUCAUAUGAAGUUCAGAACUCGGAGUGCCUCUCUUGACAGUGAUGCAUCAGACCUCGAAUUCGGAAGCAAAUUCUUUGGCGUGCCACUCUUCUCCUAUACUCAACUUGUUGAGGCCACUGCAGAUUUUGAUCAAUCCAAUGAACUUGGCAGUGGUGGCUUUGGAACUGUUUAUUAUGGGAAGCUAAAAAACGGAAGAGAAGUCGCGGUAAAACGCCUUUAUGAGAAGAACUACAAAAGAUUAGAACAGUUCAUGAACGAAAUACAAAUACUCACUCGUCUAAGACACAAUAGCCUUGUGUUACUCCACGGCUGCACUUCCCAUCACAGCAGGGAACUCCUCCUUGUAUACGAGUACGUGGAAAAUGGAACCGUAGCUGAUCACCUGUAUGGCAAAAACAAAAAAUCAGGAUACCUUCCAUGGCCUGUUAGACUGAGAAUAGCAAUCGAAACAGCCACUGCCCUUACCUACCUCCAUGCUUCAGACAUCAUACACCGCGAUGUCAAAACUAACAACAUUCUCCUUGACAGCAACUUCAGUGUCAAAGUUGCUGAUUUCGGGCUUUCUAGACUCUUCCCAGCUGAUCAAACUCAUGUGUCAACAGCACCACAGGGGACUCCAGGGUAUUUAGACCCGGAGUACCACCAGUGCUAUCAGUUAACAGAUAAGAGUGAUGUUUACAGCUUCGGAGUAGUCCUCAUCGAACUCAUCUCUUCCUUGCCUGCAGUUGACAUGGAAAGACACAGACUCGAGAUCAACCUGUCUAACUACGCAAUGAACAGAAUCCAACGUUGUGCAAUCGAUGAGAUAGUAGACCCACAACUCGGGUUUGCAUCAGAUUUCAAGGUCAGAAGGAUGACUAUUUUGAUGGCAGAACUCGCGUUCCAGUGUCUGCAGCAUGAUAAGGUAUUCAGGCCGUCGAUGGAUGAGGUUUUAGAGGUUCUUAAGAAGAUUGAAAGCGCAGAUUAUGAAGCAUUGCAGGCAGAGGAGAAUAGGAGAUGACCAAUAAUGAUGCAGAGGAAGUUGUGAAAAUGCACAAUAUUAACCCACCAUAGUCUUCCCCAACAGAAGAUGAUCAUGCACAGCUGUUAAGUAAUAAUCUUCUAAAUCUGUCUUCGCCGAUCUCAGUGAUUAAUAAAUGGGUCAGUGGAUCUACUAUAUCAAGUAGAAGCAAGUAAAUUGGAAUCAUUUUUAAAAUAAAAUUGUCAAAAAAACUGACCAACUGUAGUUUGGGUGCAGAAGACGCUUUAAAUUACAUGGGUGUACAAGGCAACAUCAACUAUAGUGGUUAGUGCGAUGCGCCUAAUGACAUGUUAUCGACAUUAUUUUUGUUAAAUUCUUGGGAAUAUAUGUUUAAUUAGGCACAGACAUUGCUAUAUCAAUUAAAUGCAACCUUUUUGAGUUAUUUAAACUAUUUACAUACAAACUUUGACCUUAUUUUUUAAUAAAAGAAAUAUC